GCCUUCUGCCCACCUAGAAAAGGUUGCAAAAACAACACCCCCAUUUGAAACUGCUCGUGUGUGUAGUCCAGCUAAAAUCAAUGCUGGUCUGUGACCAUAAUGAAGAUUUGAUUUGAUGCCUGCUGUGUCUGCUUUCUCAGCAGAACCUCCCCCCGUUCUCCAGCAUGGCCUCUUCAUCAACGCCUAGAUGCAACUCAAACUCCUUGGAGAAUGCCUCAAUUAAAAAACCUGUGAAAGAUGGAACUAACUGGGAACACAAUGAAGAAAUUCCUCGUCUGCCAGGGGAAACUAGAGUCACAGACAAAGAAGUCAUCUACAUGUGUCCUUUCAACGGUCCUGUUAAAGGGAGAGUGUAUAUCACCAACUACAGGCUCUACUUGAGAAGCGUGGAAUCGGAUCCUAUAGUGAUAUUAGACGUUCCUUUGGGGGUUAUUUCAAGGAUUGAGAAAAUGGGAGGUGCUUCAAGCAGAGGAGAGAAUUCCUACGGAUUAGAUAUUACUUGUAAGGAUAUGAGGAAUUUACGCUUUGCGUUGAAACAGGAAGGUCAUAGCAGAAGAGAUAUAUUUGAACUCCUGACAAAAUAUGCUUUUCCACAGUCACAUAACUUGCCUUUUUUUGCAUUUAUAAAUGAAGAGAAGUUUGCUGAAAAUGGUUGGCUGGUUUAUAAUCCUAUGGUUGAAUACAGAAGACAACGUCUGCCUAACGAUCAGUGGAGGGUAACGUUUCUCAACGAACACUACGCACUGUGUGACACAUAUCCAUCACUCCUGGUUGUGCCAUAUAACGCCACAGAUGAGGACCUCAAGAAGGUUUCUGCUUUUAGAUCCCGAUGCCGAAUACCAGUGUUGUCAUGGAUCCAUCCAGAGACCCAAGCUGUCAUCACGCGCUCCAGCCAGCCGCUCGUGGGCAUGAGUGGCAAAAGAAAUAAAGAUGAUGAAAGGUAUCUGGAAAUCAUAAGGGAAACAAACGGCCAGCUCUCGAAACUGACGAUCUAUGAUGCGAGGCCCAGCGUAAAUGCUGUUGCUAAUAAAGCAACUGGUGGUGGAUAUGAAAGUGAGGAUGCCUAUCCCAAUGCUGAGCUCCUCUUCCUAGAUAUCCAUAAUAUUCACGUCAUGCGAGAAUCUUUGAAAAAACUGAAAGAUAUCGUCUAUCCUCAUGUAGAAGAAUCUCACUGGUUAUCAAGUUUGGAGUCCACCCACUGGCUUGAACAUAUCAAGCUGGUUUUAACAGGUGCCAUUCAAGUAGCCGACAAAGUGUCUUCUGGAAAGAGUUCUGUUCUGGUGCAUUGCAGUGAUGGUUGGGACCGCACAGCACAGCUCACCUCUCUAGCCAUGUUGAUGUUGGACAGCUACUACCGAACCAUCGUGGGCUUCGAAGUCUUGGUGCAAAAGGAGUGGAUAAGCUUUGGGCAUAAGUUUGCAUCGAGAAUUGGUCAUGGAGACAAGAAUCACGCUGAUGCUGAUAGGUCGCCCAUCUUCCUCCAGUUCAUUGACUGCGUGUGGCAAAUGUCUAAGCAAUUUCCAACAGCCUUUGAAUUCAAUGAACAAUUUUUGAUUACUAUUCUGGACCACUUGUACAGCUGCCGCUUUGGUACAUUUUUGUACAGCUGUGACUCCAUGAGAGAGAAAGAGAAACUGAGUGAGAAAACACUGUCUCUGUGGUCCUUGAUCAAUAGUGCAAAAUCAAAAUAUACCAACCCCUUUUAUACUAAAGAAUUGAAUCGAGCACUUUACCCAGUAGCAAGCAUGCGCCACCUGGAACUUUGGGUUAACUACUACAUCCGAUGGAACCCGCGGAUCAGGCAGCAGCAGCCAAACCCUGUGGAACAGCGUUACAUGGAACUUCUGGCCCUGCGUGACGAUUACAUGAAGCGGCUGGAAGAACUACAAAUCACAAGCAAUCCCAAAUUGUCCAAUUCCUCCUCCUCCUCCUCCUCCUCUUCCUCACAGAUGAUGUCGCAUGUGCAAACUCACUUUUGAAGGCGAGAGAGAGAAGUUUUGCUCUUCUCUCUGAACCCUGUCAUACAAAGCGGUGCUUAUUCAGAGGUGUGGGACAAGAGGAAAACUGCAAUGCCUUAUUUGACGCUUCUUCCUAAAACGCUUGUCCCUACGGAGAGGAUCUGAAUACAAGGGGGCUUUUUAAAAUUGAUUUAUGUGCCUUUUGAAACCUUUUGCCUGGGAACAUGCUAUUCAACUAUCCUAAAGGGUUGUUUUGUUUUUCGUUUUGUUUUUUUUACCACGGAGCAUCCAAAUAUACUUAGCUAGCGCUUUCAGUACUAAUCACCACUUCUGUGAAUAGCAUGACUUCGUUUUCCAUCUCCAGUCCGUGCAUCUCUCUGCAAAGUGCCAUCAGUGUCAGCGCGGACCUUCUGAAUCCUCAGUUUGUGUGGGCCUCGGAGGGGAGAGUUAAAAGAUAGACUGGCUGCAAGACACUUGGUCUUGAGGAACAAUUACUAUGUGAAUUGCGGUUUCUUUCCGAUAAAAUGCCAUUUUUAAUGCGUAAGAUAACUGCAUUAGCAACAGCAAGCUACCAAUAACUGAGAUUUCCUGAAAAUGUGUGCCUGUUAAGCAGCGGCCUUAUCUUCAGAGCAGAUUAACAUUUAAUUUUUGAGAUGAAGGGAGGUGUGUGCGUGCGCGUGCGUAUCUGUGUGUGAAUGACAUUCUGUCAUGGAUUAGUCUUUCCUCAAAUACAUUAAAACAAUUUACAGAAAGUUUGUGCACUGAAGAGAUUCAAAUCAGGGGUGAACAACUUGGAAUCUUCUGAUGUUUUGCACUUUGAUUGCUAUUAGCCCCAGAUAACACUGCUAGCAGCAACAGAUUGUGUUGAACAUCUGGACCGUGCUCGGUUGCCCAAUCCCUACAUUUAAACUUUGCAGGGUUGGUGUUUUUUGUUUUUUGUUUUGGUCAUCAUGUUGGUCUUCUGUCAAAUUUUAUAAUUUGUUCCUUUCAGGAAUCUUUUAAAGUGUAACUUACAAGCACUUGUAAAAUCAGCACAACCCUUGUGACUUGAUCUUUUAAUACAUAUUUUGCUUAGGAUAUAAACUUUUAAAGUGGUCUUUGGUCAGUUCAGAACAACUGAAAUAUAGGAUUUGUGAGGACUGUUUGUAGCUAACAUGAUUUAUUUUAAAAAUAUUGGGGGGGGUUACCAUUUGUAAAUUACUUUAUGUGUAAGUUUUGAUCUGCAAAAUAUAAGGCGGAAAGGAAAUUAUAGGAUAAAUGUAUAAAUUAAGGAUAUGGAAGUCUUUUCUGUAAAGUGUAAAUAUUACAAUUCUAAAGUUUAAAGUCAAACUCCAAAAUAUUAUAAAUUUCUUAGUUUUAGAGGACAUUGGAAUAUUUUAGGAAUAGUAUAUUUUCAGUAUAAGAGAAAGUGGAGCACAUUAAUAGAAUAAAUUGUAUACUAAGAAAUUUGCACUAUUUCUUCAGGGAUAGACUAAAGUACUUAGUAAUUUCAGCUAGCUCGCGCAUGGUUUAUUUUCAUUUUCCACGUGAUGUUUGUCCUCUAAAUUUCAUUCUUUGGCGAUGCUUUUGUCAUCUACAUUUUAUUGCACCUAUAGAUGGGUACUUGGCUGAAGGGAAGCGAGUCGGAGAAAUGAAAUGCUUAACUUGAAUUGCAAGAAACUCACACUUAUCCCAUCCAUUUUAAAUGGCAGAAUGGAAAACUGAAAAACGAUGUAGACUCAAAUACAACUGUCAUUUGUUUGCUUGCAAGUUAUAUCUCGUUUUUUCCUCGCUACCCUAAAACUUUGUGCUGGUUGUAAAUCCACAAGAAAUACCUGUUUCCUUUUGACUGGGGUGAAUGAAUUGAGACUUGUUUGUUUUUACAAGGUAAAACACUACGCUCUCAGCUGUUUUUGGGGGAAAGUAAGCUAAAGCGGUUUAAAAUGCCUUUGCCUUUUUCAUUACCUGCAUCUCACCAGUUUAUGUUGCCAGCGCCAAGACAAUGCUGUGUCUUGAUUUAUAGAGAAUUUAAUGUUGUUUGGGGAAAAGUGUAACUUGGUGAAAAUUCUCAUUUUUUUAAAAAAAAUACUGGCUUAAUUCAUAUGAAAUAAAAACCAAACACUUAUUUUUUUUCCU